AUGUUGCUUAAGAGUGCCCUAGUACUUGCUGGCGUCGCGCGGUCGCUCGCAGCUGCUGUACCGCAGUCGAGCUAUGAAUACCCGCGUCCGCUGGUUAGCUCGAAGCCGUUGCAGGAUCUUGUCACUACCGAAGGUCUCUGGGGCAACCUUGUCAAGCUCGACGGAAUCGCAAAAGCCAAUGGCGGAAACCGCGCCUUCGGCUUCCCGGGCUACGCAGCCUCAGUCGACUACAUUCUCUCGCGCACCAUGAACUCGUCAAACUUCCGCACCUGGACGCAGGACUUCCCUGCGCUGUUCCAGCACGUCGACUCCAUCAGCUUCAAAGUCGAUAACGCCUCGUACACGGUGAUAGGACUUUCGUAUUCGCCUUCUACUAGUGCAGAGGGGUUCACGGCACCGCUUGUGCUUGGUGCUACCGGUGAUGUGGGGUGCACGAACGAGGGGUAUGCGGAUUUGGACGUCGCGGAUAAGAUCGUGCUCGUGCAGCGAGGAGCGUGCCCAGAUGGGACUACGUUUGCGGGCAGGAUGAAGCCUGCAGCUGCUGCCGGUGCCAUGGCGGUCAUUCUCUACAAUAAUGUUGAGACGCCUGUUACAGCUGGUACUUUGAGUAAUCCGAACCCUGAGGAAUACGUACCCACAGGGUUUAUCAACUUGUCGGACGGAGAAGCCCUCGGUGCGAGGAUUGAGGCGGGCGAGGAGGUGACUGCGUACUUCCAGCAAACUCAGACGGUCGAGACGAGGAUCACGCAGAAUAUCUUUACUGAGACAAUCGACGGAGAUGCUGAGAACGUCAUCAUGCUCGGUGGCCAUCUUGAUAGCGUUGUAGCCGGCGCCGGCAUCAACGACGAUGGUUCCGGCUCCAGCCUCGUCCUAGAGAUCAAGACCGCUCUCGAGAAGUUCCGCGUCAAGAACAAAGUCCGCUUCGCAUGGUGGGGAGCUGAGGAAAACGGCUUGCUCGGAUCGAAGUACUACACUGCGAACCUCAAUGUUUCCGAAGCGAACAACAUUCUUGCAUACCUCAACUUCGACAUGGUCUCGCGCGGGUACUUCGGCGUUUUUGACGGCGACGGCAGUACGCAUGGGCUUGUCGCGCCGCCGGGCAGCGACUUCAUCGAGAAAACGUUUGUGGACGAUCUAACGAAGAAGGGUAUCAAUGUUACCGCGGCAAGGUUCACCGGUGGAAGCGACUACCAGUCGUUCUUCAACAUCGGCAAGCCGGUAGGAGGACUCCAUACGGGUACGGGCGUUGAACAAGACCCCUGUUACCACCAGGCUUGUGACACGAUUGAGAACCCGAAUGCGACAACAUUGACAGUCAAUGCAAAGGCUGCCGCACACGUUCUGUCGAUUCUGGCAACUCGAGGGACUGAGUUCAUACCUAAGAAUCCCGUGAAUGCGACUAUCACAAGUCGUGGGCUUGUGGGACGAGAGAUCCAGUGGACUACCGACGAGCAUGACAGACAUCUCGCUACAUGCGGGAACAAUAUCUAA